AUGUUUCAAGUAAAACGUGUACUCUUAUAUGGAGCAAGUAACAAGAUCACUAGAUUACAACAUGUUGUAACCCUAAUACCCAGCUCACAGCCACCCUCACAGCCAAUACCCAGAUCACAGCCACCCUCACAGCCAAUACCCAGAUCACAGUCAUCCUCACAGCCAAUACCCAGGUCACAGCCACCCUCUGUCAGCACCAGCUCACAGCCACCCUCACAGCCAAUACCCAGAUCACAGCCACCCUCAUGUACCCAGAUCACAGCCACCCUCCUGUGUGCAGAUCACAGUCAUCCUCUGUGUGCAGGUCACAGCCACCCUCUGGCCAAUGCAGCUCACAGCCACCCUCCUGUGUGCAGAUCACAGCCACCCUCACAGCCAAUGCAGGUCACAGCCACCCCUAACAGCCAAUACCCAGGUCACAGCCACCUCUGGCCAAUACCCAGGUCUGCAGCCGUCUCCACAGCCAAUGCAGGUCACAGCCACCCUCACAGCCACCCUCACAGCCAAUACCCAGGUAGUAAUGGCAGCCCAGAUUCAGCCACCCUCACAGCCAAUACCCAGCUCACAGCCACCCUCACAGCCAAUGCAGAUCACAGCCGCCCUCACAGCCAAUGCCAGAUCACAGCCACCCUCUGGCCAAUACCCGGGUCUGUCACCCUCUGUGUGCAGCUCACAGCCACCCUCUCCCAGCCAAUACCCAGAUCACAGCCACCCUCAUGCAGAUCACAGUCAUCCUCACGCAGCCAAUACCCAGCUCACAGCCACCCUCACAGCCCAAUACCCAGAUCACAGCCACCCUCACAGCCAAUACCCAGGUCACAGCCACCCUCACAGCCAAUACCCAGGUCACAGCCACCCUCAUGUGCAGAUCACAAUACCCUCAGCCAAUCACCCAGAUCACAGUCAUCCUCUGUAAUGUCCAGGUCACAGCCACCCUCACAGCCAAUACUUGGGUAG